AUGAUUAAGAGAUUCAAGAAACUCUUUCAGGGACAAAGUGAGUUCCAAUCAUUUCUAACAAAAUCUAGUCUCUCAAAAGAUAACUUUGUUUACAAACAAGAGGAUGUAGAAAUUUUAAUACCUUUCCUAACAGAUGAUUAAAAUAUAAUCGAAUUUUUUUAGGUGUAUUAAGAAUAAACCUGUCAACAUUAUACAAUCAAAAUGAAAAUGCUCAUAACCAUUCAUUAAAUGCUUAAUAUCAGUGAUGAAUUUGCCUAAUAAUUCACUAAAAUAAAUUUUGCAUAUUUUAAUAAGUAUGAAUGAUUGAAUAAUAGCAGGCCAUCCCAAAAACCAGAAUCAAUUGUAUUUAAGUAAGUAACUAAUGAAAUUUGGUUGCUUGAAAACCUUUAGAUUCCAUUUCUGCAGUAUUUAUAAAAAUUGGCAUUGAAUGUAUAAGAGAUCAAGAGUUAUCGAAAUCAUCAUUUUAGAAAACCUAUUCAUUAAUCAAAGUAUAAGGUCUUAAGUUAUUUAAGUCUUGUAGUGGAAUGCUUUAAAUUACAAAACCUUGUAAAUUAAGGUUUAUCUCUUGUGCCCUAACUGUAAACAUCCCUUUCAAACUUCCCUCAUGAUUUUCUCUUAAAGAAAUUGGCCUGCAAUCUCUAUUGUGAAUUGAGACAAUUUCAAAGAUAGUUGAUUAAUUCUCUCUCUGCUUUAUUGGAUACAAACUCUAGGGCCUCAAAUAUAGAGAUAUUUGAGUUCUUCAGAGAAGUAAAAUCUCUCUCUCACAAUUCACAUAGGUGUAAAUAAUAGAGAAGAAGACCAUGACAUAUUACAUGUUACACAAGUUAUUUGAUCCAGGAAGAAAGUUGAUGCCUCCUUUGUAAUUGAAAAUCGAUCUAAAAAGUGCAAAACAUCUUGAAUAGUAAGCUUUAAAUGAGCAAUUAAAGAUUAAUUAGCAAAAGCAAAUGAGAAGUCAAAGAAAUUCGAGAUCAAAUAGUUUAGAUCAACAACAUAGAGUGUCUUAAGGUUUUAUUAGUUAAAGGGAACGUCGAUUUAUGAUGUACAGUAGAACAAAGAAAUAAGACACCAUUUAGGAAGAUAUUGAGAUGCCAACUGAGGAAUAAUAGCCAUCAGAUAAGAAAAAGAUAACAUAAAUGAUGGAUAAUUAAGCCAAUGAAAUUCCUAAAUAAUUCGAUAAUUUGGAAAAUGACAAUAGUGACAUUUAAAAAAAAGAGAGUAGUAAUGAGAGUGAAAUUAAUGAGAGAAAUAGUUAGAAAGAAACUAAUGAUAUUGUAAAAAAUUAAGAAAGUACUAGUCAAGCAGAUUAAGAUGAAAAUUAAUAUAGUUGA